AUGUACGGAAAGUCGUGGAAGGCACUGACACUGUCGCAGAAGCGGCCAUACGUGGACGAGGCGGAGCGGCUGCGCCUGCAGCACAUGCAGGACUACCCCAACUACAAGUACCGGCCUCGCAGGAAGAAGCAGGCCAAACGCCUGUGCAAGCGCGUGGACGCCGGCUUCCUCCUGAGCUCCCUCGCCAGAGACCAGAACGUCCUGCCCGGCAAGAGCUCUGGCAGCGGGGGGCCCCUGGGGGAGAAGGAGGACCGGGGUGAGUACUCCCCGGGCGCCGCUCUGCCCGGCCUCAGGGGUUGCUACCAAGAGGGCCCAGCCGGAGGAGGCGGCCCCCCCGGCAGCGCGGACAUCUACCCCUACGGGCUGCCCACGCCCCCUGAGAUGUCGCCGCUGGACGCGCUGGAGCCCGAGCAGACCUUCUUUUCCUCCCCUUGCCAGGAGGAGCUUGCCCACCCUCGCCGCAUGCCCGCCUUGUCCGGGUCGCCCUACCCCCCGGAGUUCGCCUCCAGUCCCCUCCCGUGCAGCCACCCCCUGGGCCCCCUGGCCAUGAUGGCCACCGCACCCGGAUGCCCCCCAUCUCCUGCCUACUACCCCCCCGCCCCCUACCACCCGCUCCACCCCAGCCUCCAGGCCCCCCUGGGCCAGCUGUCCCCGCCCCCUGAGCACCCUGGCUUCGACGCCCUGGACCAGCUGAGCCAGGUAGAACUGCUGGGAGACAUGGAUCGAAAUGAGUUUGACCAGUACUUGAACACUCCUGGCCACCCCGACCCCGCCCUGGCACCGGGGACCCUCAGCGGGCACGCACCCCUCGCCCAGGGGACUCCCUCAGGCCCCACAGAGACCAGCCUCAUCUCUGUCCUGGCCGACGCAACAGCCACAUACUACAACAGCUACAGCGUGUCAUAG